CAUGCGUAUAGCUCUGUGUAGGCGGUAGCUUCUUCGGCACGCGACUGGAGACGAGUGCUAAAACUGUGGGGCGCGAAUGAGAUACCGCUGUUAGUCGGUAGGCAUAGCUUUGUGUUAUUCUUGGAAAAUUUCGCACCACUUGUGAAUUCCUUGAACCUGGGCAUUGCAAACCCACUUCUGUUGGGCCCAUCUCCUUUGCACUUUGCUCAGAUUAAGACUCAGUUGGCGCUUCAGCAGCUGAAUGCCGUUGCCUCACAUGGUUCAACACCACCUUAUACUUUAUUAAAUCAGGCAUUCUUGAAAGUAGCCAUGUCCAGACCCAGGUUUAAUCCUCGAGGAAACUUUCCACUUCAAAGGCCACGAGCACCUAACCCUUCUGGGAUGAGGCCUCCAGGACCAUUUAUGAGACCUGGAUCUAUGGGUCUACCAAGAUUUUACCCACCAGGGAGAGCCCGUGGAAUUCCACACAGAUUUGCUGGCCAUGAAUCUUACCAGAACAUGGGACCACAGAGAAUGAAUGUUCAGGUAACUCAACACCGAACUGAUCCAAGAUUGACCAAAGAAAAAUUGGAUUUUCAUGAAGCACAACAAAAGAAGGGAAAGCCUCAUGGUAGCCGGUGGGAUGAUGAGUCUCACAUAUCGCCUUCAGUGGGAGUGAAACAGAGUUCUAUAACACAGGUUACAGAGCAGAGUCCCAAAGUACAGAGCCGUUAUACAAAAGAGAGUGCCUCAAGUAUCUUAGCAAGUUUUGGAUUAUCUAAUGAAGAUCUAGAAGAACUUAGUCGCUAUCCUGAUGAACAGCUAACUCCUGAAAAUAUGCCAUUAAUUUUAAGGGAUAUAAGAAUGCGAAAAAUGGGGCGCCGAUUACCUAAUUUACCCUCUCACAGCAGGAAUAAAGAAAUGCUCGGUAGUGAAACAGUUUCAAGUAAUGUGAUUGAUUAUGGGCACGCAAGCAAAUAUGGCUACACAGAAGAUCCACUUGAAGUACGUAUUUAUGAUCCUGAAAUUCCAACUGAUGAGGUCAAGAAUGAAUUUCGGUCACAGCAGAACAUUUCUUCAUCUGUUCCUACUCCAAAUGUUAUAUGUAAUUCUAUGUUUCCUGUUGAAGAUGUAUUUCGCCAGAUGGACUUCCCCAGUGAGUCCUCCAAUAAUCAAUCAUUUUUCCCAGUUGAGAGUGGAACCAAGAUGUCAGGCUUACAUAUUUCAGGACAGUCAGUCCUUGAACCUGUAAAAUCCAUCAGCCAACCCAUUAGCCAAACAGGUAGUCAGACAAUGAGUCAGUCUCUGAUUCCUCCAUCUAUGAAUCAGCAACCUUUUUCAUCUGAAAUAAUUUCAGCUGUAAACCAGCAAGAACGGAUCACACAUAAACCUGUGAUUAAUUCAGCUACUGUACAUGUUGGAUCAAGAGGAAGUAAAAAGAAUUACCAGUCUGAGACUGACAUUCCCAUUCGGUCUCCCUUUGGGAUUGUUAAAGCAUCAUGGCUACCAAAGUUUUCACAUGCUGAUGCUCAGAAGAUGAAGAGACUUCCAACCCCUUCAAUGAUGAAUGAUUACUAUGCAGCAUCUCCAAGAAUAUUUCCACAUUUGUGUUCUCUGUGUAACGUAGAAUGUAGUCAUUUAAAGGAUUGGAUUCAGCAUCAAAAUACAUCUACCCAUAUUGAGAGCUGUCGACAGUUACGUCAACAAUACCCUGAUUGGAAUCCUGAGAUUCUCCCGUCAAGAAGAAAUGAGGGCAAUAGGAAAGAAAAUGAAACUCCAAGAAGACGUUCUCAUUCCCCCAGUCCUAGGCAUUCUAGAAGAUCAAGCUCAAGUCAUAGGUUUCGUCGAUCGCGAAGCCCAAUACGUUACACAUACAGACCAAGAAGUCGAAGUCCAAGAGUAUGCCAUCGUUUCAUUUCUAGAUACAGAUCCAGAUCCAGAUCACGUUCACCGUGCCGAAUUAGAAAUCUAUUUAGAGGUAGUCCAAAAUGCUAUCGAUCAGUUAGUCCUGAAAGGAUAUCAAGGAGAUCAGUGAGAUCAUCAGAGAGAAAAAAGGCAUUAGAAGAUGUAGUACAACGAUCUGGACAUGGGACAGAACUUAGUAAACAGAAGCAUCUUGAGUCAGUUGACAAAGGACUUUCACCAGCACAAAAGUCUAAAAGUAUCACCGGGACAAAGCCAUCAGUUAAAUCUGUAAGCGCUGCAAAGAGUGAUUCAAAUGUAGGACAUUCUGUUCGUAAAUCAAAGAAUCUAGAAGAUGACAUCUUACCAGAAUGUAAACAGGCAUCUAGUAAAGCUCUGUCUCUUCAGCGUAAGCUUCGAAAAGAGCAGUCUUUGCGUAACAAUUCAGUUCUUCUUAUAUCUGAACUACCAGAGGAUGGCUGUACUGAAGAAGAUAUUAGAAAAAUAUUUCAGCCAUUUGGAAAAGUUAAUGAUGUCCUAAUUGUUCCUGGUAAAAAAGAGGCUUACUUGGAAAUGAAAUUUAAAGAAGCAAUUACUGCAGUCAUGAAGUAUAUUGAAACAGUGCCUCUUCUGAUAAAUGGAAAAAAUGUGAAAGUAUGUGUUCCAGGGAAGAAAAAAGCACAGAACAAAGAAAUGAAGAAGAAGACAUCAGAUUCAAAGAAAUCUGCAUCUGCUUUAAAAAAAGAUACAGAUUCUUCAAAAAGUGUUGAAAAUGCUACUUCAGCUUCUGCCAAAAUUGGACAAGCUAAAACAUCACUACCCAAAGUAAACAAAUCUUCAGGAAAAUCUGCUGGUUCUGUAAAAUCUGUGGUAACAGUAGCUACUAAAGGUAAAGCUUCCAUCAAAACAGCAAAAUCUACUGGAAAGAAGUCUCUAGAAGCUAAGAAGCCUAACAAUGUUAAAAACAAAGACUCCAGUAAGCCUGUGACAGUACCAGCAGACUCUGAAAUGAAGGCCAGUGUGGAAAUCAAAGUCAUUGAUAAUACUGAAGAGAUUAUUUCAGAAGCUGCUUUGGAGGCCACAGAAAAUGAACCAGUGAGCAAGGAAACAGAGGAAAUGUGUGUAGUACUUAUUUCUGAUUUGCCUAAUAAAGGAUAUUCUGUAGAAGAAAUUUACAACUUAGCAAAACCAUUUGGUGGUAUAAAGGAUAUUUUGAUUUUAUCAUCUCAUAAAAAGGCAUAUAUAGAAAUAAAUAGAAAAUCUGCAGAUUCUAUGGUAAAAUUUUAUACUUGCUUCCCAAUGUCCAUGGAUGGAAAUCAACUCUCGAUAAGUAUGGCUCCUGAAAGCAUGAAUAUAAAAGAUGAGGAAGCUCUGUUUAUAAAUUUGAUUAAAGAAAGUGACCCAGAGGUAGAUGUUGAUAAAAUAUGGAGCCGGUUUGUACAUCUUGAUAAUUUGCCAGAAGAUGGACUUCAUUGUGUACUUUGUGUUGGGCUCCAGUUUGGAAAAGUGAACCACCAUGUAUUCAUGAAUAAUAAAAACAAGGCCAUUCUUCAGUUGGAAAGCCCUGAAUCUGCUCAGUCAAUGUAUAGCUUUCUGAAACAAAAUCCACAAAGCAUAGGUGAUCGUGUAUUGACCUGUACAUUGUCUCCAAAGGUUGACUCAUCAGAAGCUCAUUUUGAGAAAGACCCAGAACUAGGAAAAGAACGCCUUGACUUGAAAAAUAGUCCGGUUGGCCAGAGUGAUGUGCAAACAGUAUCUGCUAGUCCCUCUGUUAAACUUAAUGAGGUUGAAGAAGAAACUUCUUCCAGUAUUCAAACGGAAACUUUGGGACAACAGGAAGAAGUGGUUAAGGAAGAACCUGAAAAGGCACUGUGUGACUUUGACUUUGCUCUUGAAAAAUUGGAAAUUGAAACUCAAGGAGAGCUCAACAUAGAAAUUCCUCUUGUAGCAUCCACUCCAGCCAGUAUUGAAUUAUUCACUGAAAAUAUAGAAGAGUCUGCUUUAAAUCAGCAAGUAUGUAACAAUGACUUUGAGAAGCAAGAAGCAGACAUUACAAAUCCUGAAACAGAAUUGUCAGUAUCUGAAAACAAAUCUAUAGAAGAUAAAAACAUCCAGAGAAUUCUUGAGGAAUCUUCAUCUGCAGCAGAAGGGGGGUUUUUUGGAAUUACACAGGCUGUGGUAGAAGAUACAGCUGAAGUGAACAAACCUGAAAUGGUUUCAGACGUAGUAAAAUCUACAAUUUCAAUGCCAGGAAUUUGUACUGAGGAAGAGAAGGUAGUGAGUAAAAAGGGUACUUCUGAAAAAAGUAACGUGGAUGAAAAGGAGGCGAAUGAAUUUAAAGACAAGGAAACCAGAGUGGAUAUGCAGAUAGGCUCAGAGAAAGCUGGAAAGAAUGAAGCUAGGAUGGUUGCAGAAAAAUUGGAAAAAAUUAUGGCAGCAACGAAAGAAAAGCCUGAAGAAAAUGCUCUGAUCAAAGCAUGCCCAAAUAAAGGAGUGGGUCAGACCAAUAAGCCUGAUGAAACUGGUAAAACUAGUAUGCUGACUGUAUCAAAUGUAUCUAGCACUAAAUCAACCAUCAAGGCUGCAACUAUGAUCUGCUCUAGGGCAAAAACUACAACAACUGAAAAUCAGAAAAGUUUAAUAAAAUCUGUGUUCAGAGGUCAAAUAAAUGCUGAAAAGAAACUUUCACCAAAGGAAUUUGGUCUAUUUAAAAGUGCCAGAUCAUGCUUGGUAGAAAACAGCAGUAAAUUUAAACCUACUCAGAGUGAUGUUACCAUAGGAGGUGGUGGAAGGAUCUCAGCACUGCAAAGCAAGGAUUCUAAACUGGAUUUCAAGGACAUAAUAAUGCAGUUUCAGGAAACAGAGGGUAGACCUUCUGUCAUGAAAGGAGAUGACAGCAAUAAUAAGGCCUUCGCUGGGCAAAACACUAAGAAUUCUAAAAGCACUACUGGUAGAAGUUCCAAAUUUAAAGAGGAAAUACUAUUUUCAUUUAAUUUGGACGAAUAUGUUACUGUAGAUGAAGUUAUAGAAGAAGCGAAUCCUUCUCAAGCCAAGCAAAAUCCUUUAAAAGGACAAAGGAAAGAAACUCUCAAAACUACUCCUUCCUCUGAACUUAACUUAAAAAAGAAAAAAGGAAAACCUUCUAUUUCUCCCAAUGUUGAGGGAGGCUUAUCUUUUGUAACAUUGGAUGAGAUUGGGGAAGAGGAAGAUGCAGCUGCACAAGCACUAGUCACUGUAGAUGAAGUAACUGAUGAAGAACUAAACAUGGAAGAAAUGGUAAAACAUUCAAAUUCACUUCUUACAUUAGAUGAAUUAGUUGAUCAAGAUGAUUGUGUUUCCCACAAUGAAUCUAAAGAUGUUACUGUUCUGUCAGUGGCUGAAGAGCGAGAUCUUCUUAAACAGGAACACUUGGUAACUGUGGAUGAAAUUGGAGAAGUAGAAGAGCUACCUUUAAAUGAAUCAGCAGACAUAACUUUUGGUACUUCAAAUACUAAAGGAGAUGAAAGAAGUGCUGUAAGGGAUUCCAUUGGGUUCAUUUCUUCUCAGAUGCCUGAAGAUCCUUGUGCUUUAGUUACUGUAGAUGAAAUACAGGAUGAUGGCAGUGAUUUGCAUUUAGUGACUUUGGAUGAAGUAACUGAAGAGGAUGAAGACUCAUUAGCCGAUUUUAACAACCUUAAAGAAGAGCUCAAUUUUGUUACUGUAGAUGAAAUUGGAGAAGAAGAAGAAGGAGACCAUGAUUCAAAAGUUGAGUUAGCACAGAGCAAAAAUGACUGUUCUACAGAUAAAAAAGGAGAAAGAAAGAAGAGAGUUGCCAGCACAAAGAAGACAAAACUUGAAGCCUUGUCCCAAAUGGGUCCAGUAAAUGAGAAUGUGAUAGAAGAAGAUCCGAAAACUAUGAAUGAAAGACACUUAGCAGCUAAAACAACAAUGAAGAGAGUUAGAAUUGGAAAGGCACAGCCCUCACAAAAAGUUGCUGUGGCAGAACCAGCAAAGGCUGAAGAGGUCAUCCAGAUUAGUGAAGUUAAUAAAGAAUCUGAAUUAAAGGAUUCAGAACCAGAUCAAAAACGCAGGAAGAUUGAAGAUGACAAAUCAGUGGCACCUGAUGUCCCUGAAGACUUAGAUUUUCUUGUACCUAAGGCUGGAUUCUUUUGUCCAAUUUGCUCCCUCUUCUACUCAGGUGAAAAAGCAAUGACAAAUCACUGUAAGAGUAUACGUCAUAAGCAAAAUACAGAGAAGUUCAUGGCCAAGCAAAGAAAGGAAAAGGAACAGAAUGAGGCUGAAGAAAGAAGUUCUAGGUGACUGAAGGAAAGAAAGAAUUCAUUAGUAAUUCCUAUAGGGUCCAGUUAAUUUGUGUAUUUUUGUUAUCACUUACUUUGUAAUCUUUGUUUCAGAACAAGUAGUCAUGUUGUACAAAUUUCUGAUUGACCUUGAUGUAGAAAGACUGAUGGGUAAAAGUAUGAUGGGUUUGAUUUUUAUAUCAAAUCAUCAGGUAUGGAAAAAUAUCUUUGUAGAAGUGUUAAAAUAAAUGUUUCUACGGUAUAUUUAAAAUA